AUGUUGCUGGCGGUCCUUCCGUUUCAGAUUUGGGCCCUUGUGGCCAUCCCGGUCACCGCCUAUGCCGCUUAUCGCUGGGUUGUCUCGAUGGCCUGGGAUCUUCGCCCUACGCUUCCCCUCCCACCCGGCCCGAAGCCGGUCCCGCUUUUGGGGAAUAUUAGUGAUAUGCCAAAGCUAGGCGUGAUCGAGUACACCCAUUGGCUGUCGCACAAGGACAAGUACGGGCCGAUCAGCUCCGUCACCAUCAUGGGCCACACGCUAGUUAUAAUCCACGACCCGGAGGUGGCGCUCGAUCUUCUCGAGCGGAAAGGCGCCGCCUCCAAGACUUCGGGCCGUCCGAUCAUGCCCUUCGCCCAGGACCUCGUUGGUUACGAAAACUCUGUCGUCUUUGGCAGAUACAACGCUGCCUUCCGUCAGAAACGCGCACUGCUCCAUGGCGCCAUCGGUACUGCGGCGUCCGCUGUGCAUUACCACAAAGCCCAAGAGGUCGAGGUCAGCCGCCAACUAGAGAGGAUCCUAAACGACCCUCAAAAUCUGCUGCGUCACUACCAGAAAACCGCUUCAGUUACCACCCUUAAAUCAACAUAUGGCUAUACCGUAAACCCUACAGGACCGGAUCCAGUACUUAACAAUGCCUUACAGGCUAUGGCGGAGUUUGCUGAGGUCGGGAAGCCCUUCUCAUGGGCCGUGGAUUUUAUGUCCUUCCUGAAGCACAUCCCUGACUGGUUCCCCGGCGCCUCCUUCAAAAAAAAGGCUAAGGCGUACAGGGAGACCCUAAACAACAUGGCCCACCUGCCCUACCGGUUUGUUCAGCACCAGCUCGCGUACGGCAUCGACAGCAACUGCAUGAUGUCGCUCCUUAUCCAAAGGUCCGAGGUGAAGGGGACGGAUGGCAAGAUCGCCCCCGAGGAUGAAAAUCUCAUCGUUUGGGCUGCCGCGAGCCUGUUCGGCGCCGCGGUCGACACAACCUCCAUUUCGCUGGCCGCCUUCACGCUGGCAAUGCUUAAGUACCCGGACGUGCAGCGCAAGGCGCAGGCCGAAAUCGACCGCGUGAUCAGGCGUGGCCGCUUCCCGACCUCGGCAGACCGGGAGCGCCUGCCCUACGUCGACGCCAUCGUUAAGGAGACGCUGCGGUGGUGGAGUAUCUUCCCUAUGGGCAUGCCGCACCGGGCCGACGAGGAGAUCGAGUACCGCGGCCUCCGCAUCCCCGAUGGCGCUACCAUUAUGCCGGCCGUAUGGUGGUUUAUGCACGACCCGACUGUUUACCCGGACCCGGCCCGCUUCGACCCGGAGCGCUUCGCAGACCCGGCCCGCGACGAGCCCGACCCCACAAAGGGCGGCGUGUAUGGCUACGGGCGCAGGAUUUGCCCCGGCCGCCACUUUGCCAACAACCUCCUCUUCCUCAACAUGGCCCAGAUCCUGGCGGCGUUUAACAUCACCAGAUUGGCGGCGGGAAAAGGGCGAAAGUCCGACGGCGUAGACGGCUUCCAUCCGACACCCGGUCCUAUCAUGUAUACGAACAACUUCAAGUUUCACAUUUUUCCGAGGAGCCCGGAAUAUGAGGAACUUAUUAAGCGGGUGGCGCGCGAGCAUCCGGUGCAGCCUGGGGGUGAUUCCGCAAUUAUUGAAACCAUAGCCUAGGGAUAUUUUUAUCGACUGAUGCUGUGUUACGACCAGACCUGGGAGAAGGCUUGGAGGGGCAGGAAGACGCGACCCGGGGAAAG